CUCAAGCUCAUCUUCAAUCUUCAGAGAAGCACUUGAGGUAACAAGAACUCCAGCUACUAGCUAGAAGAUGUCUUGCUGUGGCGGAAGCUGCUACUGCGGUUUGAGCUGCGGCUGUGGUGUUAUGUACCAUGGCUUGGCAGAGAACACUGACACCCCAGGAACCUUGGUCCUUGGUGUUUCAACUAAGAAGGGAAGCGUAAAAGCGUCCGAGAAGGCCACCGAGUCCGGUGAGGCCGGCCAUGGCUGCAGCUGCGGCUCCGGCUGCAAUGGACUGAUCAGAACCAUUCAGGCUACCAUGUGGCCUUGUGAUUGGGAAAGGAAAAUGUUAGGAGGGACAUGUGUGCCCUGCUUGGCAAUUGCUCUGUGCUCAUCAACUCAAGCUUUCCUCUCUCUUUGCAUAAGAGUUCUUGAGGUUCCAGGAGACAUAAAAGUUCAGAAGAUGUCUUGCGGUGGAAGUUGCAACUGCGGUUCGAGCUGCGGCUGCGGCGGCGGAUGCAGAAAGAUGUACCCUGACUUGGCUGAGAAGAGCACCACCACCUCCCCGGCAGCCGUGUUCCUCGGCGUUGCACCUGAGAAGGGGUCCCUUGAGGGGUUCGAGAAGGCCGCCGAGUCCGGCGAGGCUGGCCAUGGCUGCAGCUGCGGCUCCGGCUGCAAGUGCAACCCCUGCAACUGCUGAGGACAUGGUGAUCCGUGUGCAUGUAUACGUGUGGGGGUGUCAGUAAAUAAAGAGCCAUCCGGUGUGAGGAUGAGAGCGUCUAUGUUAUUUCCUGCACUGCUGUAGUUUGCGACUUGUGUGAUCAGCUGCGUGUGAUGUACUAUCUACUAUCAAGUGUCAACACCUUGUGAUGUUGUGAUUAGGGAAUCAUGUGGCUGCCAAGCUGCUGUUUCACCCAAUCAGUAUCUCAUGUGCUGUAAUGGUGUGAUGUUAAGUGAUAUAUAAGCUGGUUUGUUUGCGCA